GAAUCGUUUGUGACGGACAACGUCCAACGAUUUUCACGAGGUAAGGCACGACGGACGCGUGGCUCUUGGUCUCCCUGCCUCUCACAGACGUGUCGAUGCCUCGGCAUCUCUAUAUUGGUGUUAUUAAGUUGUCUACCGCGAACUAUCGCGAAUCGCGAGGACGACGGCCGUCCUUUUCCUCCAGCCAUACCUGAGUACAAUAAUAGAUUUGGCUGGAACCUGCACAGAGCCUGAUUAAAUAAAUAGUAUUGUCUCCCUCUGUAUCUCUCGCGGACUGUCGCCCCACCUCCCUUACGUCGCGAUCUCGCGACGUAGAUCUCCCUAAAUUUUAGAUCUCUUUUUCGAAUCGACCAGAAGAAAAUCAUCUUUCACCCUGCAAUUUCGUGGUUUUUAUAACUUUUUAUCCUGUACGACGAGAGAAUCGAAUUGUUAUGUGCCUAAUUAAUGUUUAAGCUCCUCCGAAGUUGACGAUUUUCCUGCAAACUGGUGCUGUAUUUUCUUUCUUAUGCAGUCAUUGAGACUUAAUUCUGCAGGCAGAGAUAUGGAAAGUCAACAGUUCUGUUUACGGUGGCAUAAUUUUCAAAAUACUCUCUUGAGCUCGUUGCCAAAGUUGCUUGACGGUGGUUAUCUGACAGAUGUUACGCUCAGUGCCGGCGGUAGACAUAUUCAUGCUCACAGAAUUAUACUCUCGGCUUGUAGUUAUUACUUUAAAGAACUUUUUAAGGACUUAAGCGUUUUGCAACAUCCGAUCAUUGUGUUGCCAGGCAUGGAAUAUGCAAAUUUAUGUGCUCUGGUCAAAUUUAUGUAUAAUGGAGAAGUGAAUAUUUAUCAAGAACAGUUACCUGCACUUUUAGCUAUGGCUGAUACAUUGCACAUUUGUGGAUUAGCUGACAUGGCUGGGAAAAAUUCGAGACAGGAUAAUGAUAUAUAUGUGCAAUCGCCAGUAAUGCAACCUCAGGAAAGACUGAACGAAGAGAUAAUAAAGAUAGAGAAAGAUAAUGUAAUAACUCCUGGAUCGUCAGAAUCUGUAUCAUUGCCUAAAAUGGAUACUUUAGAGGAUGAGGAGCCUAAUAAUGAUCAAGAAAGUAUACCAUAUUGCGUGAAGACGAAGCCCUAUUACUCUAUAAACGCGAAGUUAAACCAAAGGGAAAAAAUGUCUGUUCCUGUUAACGUAUCUGUUAAUAAAUAUGUCGAUAGAGGUUAUUCGGAGAACAUAGCGGACGAGACAGCGCCAAUCAUGGAGGAUCAAGUCACUACAGAAGAUGUAAAACCACCGCCAGCUGUGUGGGAUGCAAGUUUCAAGUUGCUUGCGGCGUCCACACCUAGUAGAACUUCUCAGAGUUACAACAAAUCCAGUGUCACUUGUCUUAUUUGUGGUAAACAAUUAAGUAAUCAGUACAACUUGCGAGUACACAUGGAGACGCAUAGUAAUAGCUCAUAUAGCUGCACAUCCUGUUCACAUGUGUCGCGAUCACGAGAUGCUCUCAGGAAACAUGUGUCCUACAGGCACCCAGUAGCUUCUCCUCAAAAACGUUCACGAUAUAAUACGUCAAAACCAUCAAUAAUGUGAUGAUAAAGUCACUAUUGUGUUAUUCUAUAUAGACAUUUAUAUAUAGACAUUUUAACCCUCACUAGGAUACCUUUUCAUCAAAAUAUAUUUUCUGUUAAAAAUUAUUUUUUUCGUUAAAUUACAAAAAAAAGAAAGGGAAAAAAUUGAAAUGAAAUUAUUUCAUUAUUAAUUAAAAAUAAUUAAGCACUGUUCUAGAUAUGUUGAAUUAGAGAAUAAUUUAGAAUGAUUAUUUAUGCCUAUUUAUGAUAAAUGAUAGAUGAACAUAAUUGAAUUUGUAAGAGUAGCACUGGACUGAUUAAUGAUAAGACAAGUCGUAAUAACAUCUUCGUUUAAAGUGAGGUCCCACGGCCCGCGGUUCAACAUGGCUCGUCACACGAUUAGUCUCAAAAGUGAUAUAAAAAAAGGUUAAAAUUGCGGUCCUACGACGCAGAAACAAAAUGACUCACUAUAACUCGCGGUUCAUCAGCUCACGAAACUGUCGGUAAAUUACGCGAAUGAAAGAGCUUGCACCUUGAUUGAACGAAGUAAUUAACUGUGCGUUAUUGCA